CAGCAGACAGAAGAGCAGCAUGAGGCCUGAGAACCAGAGCAGCGUGUCCCAGUUCCUCCUCCUGGGGCUCCCCAUCCCACCAGGGCAGCAGGGCGUGUUCUUCACCCUGUUCCUGGGCAUGUACCUGACCACGGUGCUGGGCAACCUGCUCAUCAUCCUGCUCAUCAGGCUGGACUCCCGCCUGCACACGCCCAUGUACUUCUUCCUCAGCCACCUGGCCUUCUCUGACAUUUCUCUCUCAUCUGUCACUGUCCCUAAGAUGCUCAUGAACAUGCAGACUCAGCAACAAUCCAUCUCCUAUGUAGGAUGCAUUUCUCAAUUGUAUUUUUUCAUGCUUUUUGGUGAUCUUGACAAUUUUCUUCUGGCUGUGAUGGCAUAUGACAGGUAUGUGGCCAUCUGUCACCCUCUGCACUACAUCACCAUCAUGAGGGAGGGCCUGUGUCUGCUGCUGGUGGCUGGCUCCUGGAUUCUCUCCUGUGGCAUUGCCCUUUUCCACACUUUCCUCAUGGUCAGAUUAUCUUUCUGUGCUGACAAUACCAUCAUUCACUACUUCUGUGACCUUGCUGCACUCCUGAAGCUGAGCUGUUCGGAUACCUCCCUCAAUGAGCUGGCCAUAUUCACCGAGGGAGGGAUGAUUUUAUUUUUGUGUUUUGGUGUAAUUUUGGGCUCCUAUAUUCGUAUAGGGACCAUCAUCCUGAGGGUCCCCUCCACUAAGAGACUCUCUAAAGCCUUGUCUACCUGUGGCUCCCAUCUCUCUGGGGUGUUGUUAUACUAUGGGACAGUUGCAGGUAUUUACUUUUUCUCCUCAUCAUGGGGUUCCAAGGACAUAAUUGCUUCGGUCAUGUAUAUGGUAGUUACCCCCAUGCUGAACCCCUUCAUCUACAGCCUGAGAAACAGAGAUAUAAAACAGGCCUUAGACAUGUGUGUCAAGAUUAAGUUCUUUAAAUGGUAA